AUGUCUUCUGCCGACUUCAAUUUGCGUGAAUGGAUCUCGAACAGUUCAAAGAUUCGUGCACUCGCCAAUGAAGAAAACGCCCAAGAUGACAACACCGAAGCAAAACUGUUUGGUCUUGCCUGGAACAGUAAAGUCGAUACGCUCAAGCUUCAAGAAAAACGUCCACUUACUGAUCCCAACGACAACGUGGUGUCCAUAACUAAGCGAGAUGUGUUACGAACGUCUUGUAAGAUAUAUGAUCCCCUCGGUCUCAUCACUCCUAUCACUAUCCGUGCCAAGAUCUUCCUUCAAGAGCUCUGGGAACUGAAAUACGCUUGGAAUGAACCGCUACCAAAACCACUGAUUGAAAAAUGGGUCAAACUUUCCACAGACUUGGAAGCUGCAACUCAGACCGAAGUUCAACGCAGAUAUUUUCCGCUGCUAUCUUUGUGGCCAUCAAAC